GUGCCGCACAUCGCCCUUCCACAUUAACUUCUCCUGAGGUUCAUAGUCCUUCUCGAGUCUGUGGAGAUCAUCAUGCAUUUUGGCUCAACUGUUUCGCCUGAAGUAGGGCAUUUGGCAUCUUAGCAGCAAAGCUAACAAAGUCUUUCGUCACACUGGAAUUUUCAGCUUAUAAAACACCUGCCUGCUACCAUGGGCUUUACCUCAUUUUCUUCCAGAAACUCCAUCAUGUUGACUUCCCGUUCCAUCAUCUUUGUGCUACUCAGCUUCCUCGCUGGCGCAAAUGCGUGUAUACAAUGCCCAGCUACAUUGACGGUCGACAAUAAAGUCAUACAACUAACCAAGACCACCCCAGGCGGGAUCACAACUUGCCUUUACAAUAAUGGCGUUAAGAUCGACGGUCUGACAGUGCUGUGUCAGUAUUCCACCGUAAGUACUUUCUGGAUAUUGUGCAGCUCAUUGUUCUCGGUUGACAUGCUAGCGAUGGCAUCAGAACAACGGCAAAUUUGUGGCUGGGCUGAAGUAUUGUCCGGUUAAGGUUCCUGUGAAGAAUCACUGUUGAACGUGAUGUGAAGAGGUAGGGGGAGACGAGAAACCCAGCUGCAGAAGGAGCAUUGGCCGUCUGCAGACAGCCGGGUGUA